AAAAGAUGUUUAGUAGGCAGCAAAGAGCAUAGACGGGUGGGUGCACAGUUGAAUGCCGUAACUUCCAAUCAGCUGUUUAGUAGUAGUCAAAAUGGCUAUGGAGGAAAUGAGAGAUCCAGUUUCUUUGUACAAUUUAGGAGUUGCGGCAGUUAUUGACAACUAUCAUUGUUUUAAACACGAACUUCGUAUAUUGCCCGACAACGUAUUAUUUGACUUAUAUUACAAGCUGUAUAAAGAAAAGGGGCUCUGUCUGCUUGGAGUGGAGUUCAGUGAUCUGGAUGUCUUUGGUCGAAUCUUGAAAAUUACAAAUAGACGCAUGUUUCUGCUAAGAAGUUUUCAGGCCCUAAUGGAUCAUGGUACACGUGUAGCUAAGGAUCUUAUCUCUGCCUAUGGAAGGAGGUGCAGUAUGUGUCAUUCAUAUCCAGUAUCAAGGGAUGCUACAAUUGAUCUUGGACUGAGACUUGGUGGCUUCCUCAGUGAUGCAGGAUGGUUUGCUGAAAGUGAAAAGGUUCUCUUAGCGUGUCAAGAUUUAUGCCAACGCACAGAACCAUUGGUCAAAUAUUGGCUUAAAUUACUUGAAUGUUGCCACAAGCUUCUUCACAGUCAAACUGCCUUCUGUCACUUUGAUGAGGCAGAAAUAACAUAUCAUCUUGCAUUGGAAGUUGUGGAUAGGCUGCAUGCAGCAAAUGAACAAACAAAUCUUGCUGGACUUUUUGCUGAAUUUUCUGUUUUACACUUCAGUAGGAGUGAAUAUGAUGAGGCUUACAUGUGGAGUAUAGAAGCAUUAAAACAAGUGAAACCAGGUCUUCCGACUCGUGUUACUAUAGAUGUUUUACGACAAGUGGCCAAAUCAUGUGUGAUGAAACGAGAGUUUAAGAGGGCAGGACUCUUAGCCAGACAAGCUGUGUGUUUAACAAAAGAGUUCUUUGACAAGGAUCACCCAAAAUACUCUGACUCACUCUUGGAUUUUGGUUUCUUUCUGCUCAACUUUGAUUCCAUUAGACAGUGUGUUGGUAUCUAUGAGACUGCUUUGGAUAUUCGUAAAGCAAUAUUUGGGAAGUUCAAUCUGCAUGUUGCUGUAGCUCACGAAGAUCUGGCCUAUGCACUCUAUGUACAUGAAUAUAGUUCUGGAAGGUUUCUUAAAGCUCGUGAUCAUGCAGAGAAAGCCACGAUCAUAAUGGAAAAACUGUUGCCAGAAGGACAUCUUAUGCUAGCGUCAGUAAAAAGAGUGAAAGCUCUAAUUCUGGAAGAAAUAGCUCUAGACACAAUGCCCAACAAUUCAGGAACACAUUCUCUUUUAGCAGAGGCUGAAAAUCUACACUUGUCUUCCUUAAAGUUAGCGAUGGCAGCCUUUGGAGAGAAUAAUGUUCAGACAGCGAAACAUUUUGGCAACUUGGGACGCCUGUAUCAGAGUAUGAAGAAGUUUCAAGAAGCAGAAACAAUGCACUUGAAAGCAAUUGCCAUAAAAGAAGAGUUGCUGGGGGCAGAUGAUUAUGAAGUAGGGUUGUCUAUUGGUCAUCUUGCCAGCCUAUACAACUAUCACAUGAAGAAAUAUAAGAAAGCAGAGCAGCUGUACCUUCGAUCUAUAGCCAUCAGCUUGAAAAUGUUUGGAGAGAGUUACUCUGGUCUUGAAUAUGACUACCGAGGUCUGGUUCAUGUCUACCAUGAACUGGAAGAUGUUGAGAAGGUAGCUGAAUAUACAUAUAUUCUAAACAACUGGAAACUUCACAGAGACUUGCAUGCUCAGCAAGAAGAUCUACCCAUUGACCAGGAAGAAACACCUCAGGCAGUGGAAGACAUUAUCCGACAGUUCUUUGGUGAUGACAAGUGAUUGUGCGCCACUUUUUGUAGGAAUGGUGAUGAGUUGCUUCAAAGGAGUCCCAGCAGUGGAGCACACAAGAGUCCAUUUGCAUUUACUUAUGGCAUCCUUGAGGAUGAAUGGCAUGAAAGCAGUGGACAUUGCCAUUCAAUAUAUUUGUUUCACACGAGUCUCCAGUUAGUGUAACCACCACAAAUAAAAUGUUUCAGCUGUGAGCAGCUAAUGACCUAUUGAUAUUUGUUGCCUGAAUGUUACGUAGUUUACGGAGAAUACUGCUGCUGUAGUGGCAUUACUGAUGUUGGUCUGUAUUGAUCUCAUUCUUUUUUUAUGGGGGCUGAGGUGCAGAACCAUUUUAGUUUCAUUUUACAUGUUACCAGUAUGAUUUGCAUACAGAACUGGUGUUCUAAAAAAUGUGUAGCAUUAUUAUAAUUUGUUUAUCCACAUAUUUAUUGAAGUGCAACUGUGACAGAUAACAAGGACCAAAUUAUGUGGAGAAAUUGAAGUUCAUAGUAAUAAGUAACUCCAAAAUUGUAACAGAAUCAUCUUACUGGUACUUUAUCAGCUGUCUUUUAAGUAUGAUUUGAUUAUUUUUCACUUGAAGUAUUUAGAGAUGGAACGAAAUAAUCUUAAAUAUAAUACUCUUAUUACAAAUAAAUAGUAAUGUUCUGUUCUUGCA